GUCUCAGUCCGAGAAGAGAAAAGGAUGGAAGGAUCCUGUUCGUAAUGUCGCCAACCUCCUGUAAAGGAGACGGCGUAAUAAAGAAGAAGAAUAUAGACCUUGGUCCUGCCCUGUCUUUAUGAAAAUUAAGGUAUCCUUUGAUGUUUUCUAUACUGAGAAUGUUAUUAUUUUAUAAAUUCAUAACAUAUGAUGGUUAACACUCAAGUUUAUGUCGACGAUUUCAGUGAUGUGUUGUCAAGAAGACGUGAUAUUUGCCAGCACAAACUGCAAAGAUAACAAAGGAACUUAUGUCCAGUAAUUGUCAGAUUGGAUUUUCUUGUACAGAAAUUCAGUUACAUAACUUUUGUUCAAAUCCAUUGAGCAAUUAAUUUUUACCGUUCUUUAAAGAAGUCGGGCAUCUUGUGCACACAACAGUGAACAACGAAAGAUCAUUUAUAAUAGAUCUCAUAAUUUGCUGAUGUGGGAAGUAUCUUGCAAAUUAGAAACCAUGUUCUUUUGCCCUGUACGUAAAAUAUUUAGUCUCGCGUUAAAAAGUUCAUACGUGCUUGUUACAUAAGUGUUUCGGUGUGUUUGACGUAAUGAACGUAAGUUAUUCUUUCGAAGGGGGAAGUGGAAACUAGUUACGUCAGUCCAUUGCUCAUCUACGGGAAUAUUGCAUUCAUAGAGACGUACUUGUCAACUAGAGUACAGCAAGGUAACAUGUCGGCAUUAUUUACUUUGCUUUGUUAAAGUUCGCAAACAAAUUUAGAUGUUCCUGUUUUAUAUUGAUGUACCAGUAUAUAAGAUAAAAUCUCAUUAAAUGUGAUGACUUGAGUGUUUUAUCAGUCAGUUUUAAAUUUAUUUGUCUUCAAGUUUCUUAUCUAAAAGCGUAAAUAUUUAAACAACUCGUACAAAAUCUUAAUUUUUCCUGUUGUUUGGGUAUAAAUCUUUUUCUGUCACCUCGAAAGAAUAACAUUUUGAGGGUGUUUGAUAAAAACGUACUAAUGAGAUAGUUUUGACCAAGAAAUUGGAAGUUGGUGGAGACAAUUGCGUGAUUGGGGUUUUAAUAAAUUCCACUCUUUGCCAAAUAUUAUUAGAUUGAUCAAAUGGGGAGAAUGAGUUGAUGAGACAUUGUAGCAAACAUGGUAAAGAUAGAAAUACAAUCAUAAUUUUAAUUUGAGUGCCUCAAGUGAAAACAAUGGCACGGAAAGAAAAAUAAUAUUAAAAUGGGUUAAAUAAAUCGGGGUGUAAGGUACGCACUGAAAUUAUCUUAAAACACAGGACAGGGUUGAGUUCGUCGUAGGGAAUCUUUUAAAUAUUUGGCUACUUCUAAUUUAACUUUAAUUACAAAUAGUCGUGUAUUUGUAGUUAUAAAAUAAUAAUUGUUUAUUAAUCGACAAUAAUUUGCGUUAACAGGUUUUGUACCAGAUUUUCAGGAAAAAUGACCGAGUUAACAAAGGAAGAGAUCCUGGAUUCUAGAAAGACAGAUGUAUUCAAUAAGGAAGAUGAAACUUCUAAAAAAAAUACGAAGAUAAUGACUUUCAAUUUCCUUCUCAAUGCAUUUUUCCUUUUGCCUCCUGAUGGUGCGACACCCUUUGUAAAUCUCGUGUACAAAGUCAUUAGAACGAGCAUUCUCGUGAUAGACGUGAUAACAUUGUCGUGUCAAUUGAUCGCAAUAGUUGCUCACUGGGGAAAUAUUCCCUUAAUCGCAUCAACUAUGAGCGUUAUGAAUGGCUUGACUGUCUCCUUCAUCACCUGCAUAUAUUUCAUUCUGAGCAAAACUAAAUUUGUGGGACUCGUAGAUUUGUUGAGAACUGAAUUCGUGUCCAAGGUAAAAUCAAAAUAUAUCAGAUUCAUUCAGAACGCGGAACGCCAAGUCAAAAUCGACGUUUUACUCUCCACUCCCAUAGUUCUGACCUGCUGUUUUAUGUGGACAGUCCUACCGCUUUUAAAUAGCAAUCUGAUCUCAAAUGUUGAAGAUAAAAAUAUUACCACAGCGGAUCAUUAUUUGGAAAGGAUGAUAUUUGUGAUGUGGGCGCCUUUCGAGACUAUAGAAUCGCCUCAGUAUGAAAUAGUUUUUCUAUUACAAUUUGCCAUUGUAUCUCUAGCGAUAAUGCAACUGUACGCUGUUGAUAUCAUGUUCCUCUGUCUGAUGAGUCACGCAGCAGCUCAGUUCAAGGUACUGCAAGUAAUGCUGGAUGACAUGGACCAGAACAUUUCUGAAAAUGACUUGCAAACUGCAAAAAUCGUGGAUUAUGAACAUGUUACCACAGAUGAUAGUUUUAGGAACACAGCGCACGGAUCCAUUUCUCUCCGGUCACGGAUUCAAAUAGACGAUAACUCUGAAAAUCCCGGUGCUCAGAUGACAUACCCAAAAGAUGAUCAGAUGUUCGAAGAUCAGUGCAGAGACUAUCUUGUUAAAUGCAUCAAAUAUCAUCAAGCCAUAAUUGAGUUCGUCGAUUAUUUGAACGAAGUGGUCAGCUUUCCGACCUUCUUAAAGAUAGUGAACUUACCAAUUUUGAUCUGCAUGACAGGUUUUCAAAUGACACAGACUGUUGGUGACCAAAAACAUUUCUUCAAGUUCGCCUCCUUGUUAGCUGGGUCGUUGUACUUAAUAUUCUCUUAUUGCUGGUUCGGACAACAAGUGAUAAACGAGAGCGAGGAGGUGGCGACUGCAUUAUACGGCACAGAUUGGUACAACCAGAAGCCAGGGUUUAAGCGCCUCUUACCUCUUUCCAUCAUGAAGGCUUCGAGGCCGGUAAAGGUGAAGGGUGGAGUCUUCUAUGACAUGUCUUUCGUCACGUUAGCCUCGAUUGUGAACGUAUCCUACUCGUAUUUCACGAUGCUCAUUCAGCUGAACGACUCGUAGAAAGAAGAGGGAAGAAGCUAGAUAUGACGAUUAUUGUAAUCACAAUAUUAUUUGCGAUAGUACUAGUCGAUAUAUCGAAAGAAUAUCUUGUAAUUAUUUUCGUAGACUACUUAGUGGCAUUUUUAGAGCUCCACAAACCUUGUGAAAGAUUUUUAAUGGUAAAUAGAAUAAAAUAGGGUUGUCAUCUAUUCUGAUGGUUCUGAGGUACCAUUAUUGAAUUUGUAUUUUGAUGCAGAUGUCAAAAAAUACAUUCGCAGACUUUGGCCAAUCAACAGAUUCCAUCCGACGGUUUGUUUUUGCGAGGUCUAUGCCUGAUAUUCAAGUUUUCGGUAAUAAAAUAAAAUUUAACGUAUUGGAAAAAUUUUUUUUUACGAAUUUACAAGAAUGAAUAUUGAAUUUUAUAAUAACAAUUACAUUUUAUUGGCAUCUGACGAGGUGUUAAUAGUAGGCAUUCUAAAGCAAGACUUCAAAAGUCAUUAUAGAAUUCUGGUAAAAGUGUAAUAUCUGCGUAUAGAAUAUUCACGAGGUAUGUAAAUACAUGUUCUGUUUCUUGUCUUUGGUGUUAAUGAUGUACAUUUUUGCAACCUGUAUUUUAUUCUCGUGUCCUUCAGAAUCUGAACCGUUCCAGUACUAUAUACAGGGUGUUAAAGAAUGUGAGAUAAUUUCAUUUUUGAAUCCUUAACUUCGAGAUAAAGUGGGAGAUAACACGCUAACGAGCACCCAUGCCUAAUUAUACGAAGUAAUUAAUGUCUAACAAGUGUUGUGGCAUCCAAUAUAAAAUAACAUCUAUAAAAUUCAGACUACUUAUAGCCAACUGGGAUGUAUAUUUCUGUGAGAUAUCUGAAUAUAUUGA